AAAUAAAAGACUAUCCUUUUAAGUUUUAACAACAUUCGUCUGCUUUCCAAACACGCCCUGAGAAGGAGCUGAAGACGAUGAUAGCACAGUAGCUAUAGCCGUUGCCAAUUGCAGGAGAGACAAUGCAGUCGUCGUCAGUGAUGUUUCGACGCUUUUGCUGUUUCACGUCAACCCGUCGCCCUUCUUCUUCUUCUUCUUCAGUAAAUCCUUGCACUAAGAAAAAGCGACUUGUCUUCCUGGGUUCCCCUCAGGUAUCUGCAUCGGUUCUUGAGGAUCUUCUCAACGCGUCGUCUGCCCCAGAUUCUUUAUUUGAGGUUACUGCUAUUGUUACACAACCCCCUUCUGGAAGAGAUCGGGGAAGAAAAGUGAUGCCUUCCCCAGUUGCACAACAUGCUCUUGAUAGAGGCUUUCCUUCUGAUUCAAUUUUCACACCUGAACGAGCUGGUGAGGAAACAUUCUUGUCCAAUCUAAGAGCUCUGCAGCCAGAGCUUUGCAUUACUGCAGCAUAUGGGAAUAUUUUACCUAACAAGUUUCUCAAGAUUCCACCAUUGGGGACUGUUAAUAUACACCCAAGUUUGCUCCCACUGUAUCGUGGUGCUGCUCCUGUCCAACGAGCAUUGCAGGAUGGUGUGAAGGAAACAGGAGUAUCACUAGCAUUUACAGUUCGGGCAUUGGAUGCUGGACCUGUCAUUGCUUGUGAAAAAAUGGAAGUUGAUGAUCAGAUUAAGGCACCAGAUUUGCUUGCUUUGCUGUUUUCUCGAGGAUCUAAACUUCUGAUUCGUGAGCUUCCCUCCAUAUUUGAUGGAUCAGCAAAGGUGAAAGCCCAAGCCCAAGAUGAUGCUAGAGCUACUCUGGCUCCAAAGAUUACUCCUGAGGAGUCAUGGCUGUCCUUCGAUCAAGAAGCUACAGUCAUACACGAUAAGGUUCGGGCAUUUGCAGGAUGGCCAGGGACCCGAAUUAGAGUAGUUGCCAUCAACAAAGAAAGUGGUGACCGCAAUAUUCUAGAACUCAAAAUUAUCACCACCAGAGUUUGCAGCAGUGACAAUAUUCGGGGUAAUGAAGUUGAUGACGUGAUUUUUUUUAAGGGUUCAUUGGUGUUCCCAUGUGGUGGAGGCACAGUGCUUGAGGUAUUGGAGGUUCAACUACCAGGUAAGAAAGUAGUAAAUGCAGCUGCAUUUUGGAAUGGGCUGCGAGGUCAACAGCUGAAGAAGAUAUAGUAGAGGUUUCCAUUUUAAUGGCAACACAAGAUGUUUGUCGAGAUUAUGCGAAAAUCCAACACCGAGGCAUUUCCAUCCAAAGGUCACAUUUCAUUUGACGGAUUGUACAUCUGAUGAAGCGAACGAAGGUCAAACAUAAUCAGGUUUUUCUACAUUAAAAGGAAAGAUUAUCCUGAUCUUUCCUAGCCUGUAGAAUUUCUGGAAGAAUUAGGGUUUUUAUCAGAUGAUCUAAAUUGUCAGAAGCUUGUUCAUUAGACACUGUCAAAUUCUUGUCUUGUUCCUUAAUUCAGUCAAUCUUUAUUAUGUUUCAGUGGUUGCCACAAUGAAUUGCACUGACUAACCUAUGCAUGAUUUACGGUUUCUAUGACUUAA